UAUUGUCAUCACAAAGACACUUACGUACAGCACAAGAAAGCAAACGGGGAUGUAAAACGCUGAGCAGUUUGCAUUCCAUAAAUCCAAACGGCACGCAUGUUGUAGUAACGACGUGGGCCCAGUUUCGAAUGAAUCAUAUCGAUUCUGUCUUUGUUGCUGUUACGUAGAAGAAUCAAGUUAUAUUUUGGUGAAAGAAUCUAAAACCCCACACAUAUAAAUCUGUCAUUUUUGGAAACUUCUCAAAAAGUUCUAAUUCUGAAAACCCUAAAGUGUUUUAGUUAGGGCUAAACAUGGAUCAAAAGCGGCCAACCAUCGCCGGCGAUGAAGAAAUGGCGGCCGAGAAACCGUUACAACCGGCACUCCAAAAACCACCUGGUUUCCGUGAUCAACAGAAUCAACCAUCAGCUCCGCCUUCUGGGACGGCAACGCUUCCACGUCGCCGUCCGAGGCCUAUCCAUCCGGCCGAUAAGAAAAGGCGGUGUAGUUUCUGCCGCGUUUUCUGCUGCUGCGUUUGUAUCUUAUUCGCCGUGAUUCUCCUCCUCAUCCUCAUCGCCGUCGCUGUUUUCUUCCUUUGGUACAGCCCGAAACUACCCGUCGUCCGCCUAGCCUCGUUCAAAAUCAGCAACUUCAACUUUUCCGACGGAAAAUCCGACGACGGAUGGUCUUUUUUGUCGGCGGAUACAACGUCGGUGCUCGAUUUUAGAAACCCUAACGGAAAGCUAACGUUUUAUUACGGAGAUACUGACGUGGCUGUGAUUCUCGGAGAGAAAGACUUUGAGACCAACCUAGAGUCAACGAAAGUCAAAGGCUUUAUUGAGAAGCCAGGGAAUCGGACGGCUGUGAUUGUCCCGACGACGGUGAGGAAACGACAGGUGGAUGAUCCGACGGCAAAGAGGCUACAGGUAGAGCUGAAGAGUAAGAAGCUGUUGGUGACAGUGACAGCUAAGACGAAGGUAGGAUUGGCUGUGGGCAGUCGUAAGAUUGUUACUGUGGGCGUUAGUCUCAGAUGCGGAGGCGUUAUAUUACAGACGCUUGACUCAAAAAUGGCCCAAUGCACCAUCAAAAUGCUCAAAUGGAUCAAAUUGCGGUCAUGAUGCGCCUCAAAGGUUCAAAGACAAACCAAAACCAUAUAGAGCUAAGAGCUACGUACACGAGGAAUUUGUACCUUUUUUAUUUAACUUGGGAUCAGAUAUUAAUGCAGCCAUUGUUCUAGUUUUCAUCCACACAUUAUAUACUCCUAUAUGUUACACAUACAUGCGUGUGAUCAUUGUUAGAUGGUUUUGUGUUAUGUGUCUUUGGCAUUUAAAAUAUACAAUUCGUUUUUGCCUUUUUCUUCAAGGAUAAAGUUCCAAACUGUA